AUGAUAUCAAGACAAAUACUACAGAAAAGAUCAAUAAGUUCCACAUCUAUAGCCAAAUCAUGGUUUGGUGAUCUAUUUGGAAGUAAGAAAUCCAAAAUAACAAGAGAAUCAAGAUCAGAUAUGAUAACAAAACAAGAUGAAUUAGCCAAUAAAGACAUAACAGAAGUAAUACAUUUCACUAGAGAAAAUUCACCAAAAUAUUUAAAAGCAAAAGAAUUAAAUAAAUUAAAUCCUCAAUUUAAAGUUCGUGAUUGGAAAAAUAAUAAACAUAUAAAACCAACUCAAAUUGAAGAAGAAUAUAAUGAUAAAUUAAAAUUACAAAAUAUUUUCAAUAAAACAUAUUUCACAUUAACUAAAGAAACUAUCGAUUUUGAUAGUUAUUCAAAUGUACACCUCAAAGAUUUAAGUUUUAGAUUCAAAUUCAUAAAAUUAUUACAAUCAAAUUUAGGUUUUGAAAUAAAUGAUUAUAUAAUAAGUAAAAAUCAUUCAUUAGAUUCAUUAUAUUUUGAUAUAGAAAGUUUUGUAAAUAAAAGAUGGAAAAAUGUAAGAAAUCCAAAUGCAAUAGUAUUAAGAAAUGAAGAUUUUACUUCAAAGAAUAUUUACCUUAAUGAAACCAAAGAUGAUUAUGAAAAAUUAAAAGAGUUUAAUAAAAUAAUGAAAGAAAUUGAGAUUAUGGAAAGUAGAUUGUAA